CUUUACUUGACCACAACUAUCCAACAGUCAUCGAAUCGCGUCGAUACUCCGAGGCAGAUUCAUGCCUAUUCUCAUUCUCAACAUGCAACAUUGUUAAUCUGCACAGUUUUCCACUCAUAGAGGGCGUCCUUGAUGCCACUCGGCAAUGUCGAGUAUGGCGCAUCUCCCUUGGUUGGCACCGACAAAUAAAUCACCGUGCUGGCGAGCUCUUCAUCCUCUUCGAGCGCGCAUUGCGCUUUCAAGGACCGGAAAUGCCUCUCCAUCAUACCAACGAUCUCCAGUACCUCGUCCAGGCUGCCGCCCUUUUGCAUCAACCGCUACUCCCUUCAAAUCUCUGUCUUUCAAGGAUUUACCAACUCGGAAACAAUUUCACCUAAGACAAACUCCGUCUAAUGAGCUCCAUUGUCUCGAGUGGUCCGAUGCUCCUCAGAACCUUCUCUUGAUCAAAAAGGACUGCUCUGAAGAUACGACCGAAGCCCUCAAGGAGUUCGCAAAGCAUGUGACCUCCACGUAUCCAAAUGUCAAUAUCCUUCUCGAACCUCACGUCUCAACAGAAGUUGGAACUGACCUACCCGGAGAUCAUUAUUCUUUGACCCAGCAAGACCGCUCCUCACUCAACCACCUUCGUACCAUCGACCUCAUCGUCACUUUUGGUGGCGAUGGAACCAUUUUACAUGCCGCCUCUCUCUUUGCCAUGUCUGAGAAGGUUCCACCAAUACUUUCUUUUAGCAUGGGAACUUUGGGUUUUCUGGGCGAGUGGAAAUUCAGCGAGUAUAAACGAGCUUUUCGUGAAGUAUACAUGUCCGGUUUUGCUUCCGAGCGUCACGCCGUCAUUGAAAAUGCUCCCUCGCAGAGCACGGAAUCCAAGGCUCAACUCACAGGCUGGUCUUCCAUAAAAGGUAAAACAAUGGGUCCAGCGAGAGGCGCCAGAAUACUGGUGCGACAACGACUCAGAGUCGGUAUCUUUGAUGCCCAGGGACAGCGUCUGAGCAGUAAUGGCAAUGUCUUGCACGAUAUUCAUGCCAUGAAUGAGGUCAUUCUUCACCGAGGUCGUGAUCCCCAUCUUGCGAUCGUGGAUGUCUAUGUUGGUGGAAGAUUUCUGACCGAGGCCGUGGCCGACGGCAUGAUCAUCUCCACCCCGACUGGAAGCACAGCCUACAGUCUGAGCAGCGGGGGUUCCAUCAUCCAUCCUCUCGUGUCAUCUCUUCUCUUGACGCCUAUUUGUCCUCGCAGUCUGAGUUUUCGUCCUUUGGUUCUUCCUGCGACAACUCCUAUCACCCUCAAAUUGAGUGAGAAGAAUAGAGGGCGCGAAGUCGAAGUCAGCAUCGACGGCGUUAGACGCCAAGAUAGUAUCGGUGUUGGGACAGAGCUUCGCGUUUCCGGCGAAGACGUGAGGCGCGAGGACGGUGGCCUCGUGGGCGGUAUUCCAUGCAUCAUGCGAAGAGGUCGUGCUGAUGCAGACUCUGAUGACGGUUGGGUAGGCGGGUUGAACGGCUUAUUGAAGUUUAAUUAUCCGUUUGGCGAGGAAAGCUAGAAAGGUUUCCAAGAACCUGAUUUCUUCCAGUCUUUUGGAAGCUUCUCCCCACAGCACCACACCAGUGAAAAUGGCAAUUCCUUCCCCAUUUUGCUCUCCCGAACGCUGUCCGUCGACCCUCCAAUACGGGGGUCCGAGGAUCAUCAAAUGUUGGCGGUAGCGACAGCCUGUCCUACACGCAGAGUUCAACCGAGCGUUUCACACCCAACCUCGAGAUAUCUCUUACGUUGCUACGAGGCACCUCCAUGAUUAUGGAUCUCGAGCGCAACAGACUACCGAAACCCUCUGAGGUGGUCGAUAGCGCUUUUCGUCAUGUGGAAAGUGGCCUCCCAAUCGACUACUUUCUCAAAAGGUUCGCCAAUGUCCGAAACAUACCAAUCCCAGCAAACCAUCAUUUCCUCCAGUUAAAGGUCCAUCAAAGGCUGCAAACCCUGGCAAAGGUUCUUGGUUUGCCAUCUCAACCCUUCAACUACCACUUAUUACCAAUUCAGUUCUGACCCUUGUGGUGGAGGUUUCAGUCCGGGACGGUGCCAUCUCGGGAAAUGGCUGAGAUCGACAGCUUGACGCACGAGCAGUUUGUCUAUCAGUCUGCGCAGAUGAUAUCAAGUGGUCAAGUUGAUCAGCUCGUCAAAGUGUCCUGGGACACAGAAUUGACCUUGAAGUAGGAAAGAAUCCUUCAAUAGAUGAUAUAUGGUAGUAAACGUUGCCACGAAAUUGCUCAUAGAUUCAUAUACAGCCUAUAAUCCAAUACAUCGAUGCCAG